GGACCUGCGCCGGCGGCCAUCUUGCCGUGAGACAGCAGGAGUCGGGAGGGAUGCUCGCCAUGGCCGCUUACCGGGACUUCGACCGAGAGCUGGCAAUGAGGGCUCAGGGCUCCGCCGGCCCCGCGCACCUGCGGUUCUCGCCUUACUCCUUCAAUGGAGGUACUGUAUUGGCAAUUGCUGGAGAAGAUUUUUCCAUUGUUGCUUCAGACACUCGGUUGAGUGAAGGGUUUUCAAUUCAUACCCGAGAUAGCCCCAAAUGUUAUAAACUAACAGACAAAACAGUCAUUGGCUGCAGUGGUUUUCAUGGAGAUUGUCUUACUCUGACGAAGAUUAUUGAAGCAAGAUUAAAGAUGUACAAGCACUCCAAUAACAAGGCCAUGACAACCGGGGCGAUUGCUGCAAUGCUUUCUACCAUCCUCUACUCACGGCGCUUCUUCCCGUACUAUGUCUACAACAUCAUCGGUGGACUCGAUGAAGAAGGAAAGGGAGCUGUGUAUAGCUUUGACCCAGUGGGCUCCUACCAGAGAGACUCCUUCAAGGCUGGGGGCUCAGCAAGUGCCAUGCUGCAGCCUCUGCUUGAUAACCAGGUUGGUUUCAAAAAUAUGCAGAAUGUGGACCACGUGCCCCUGUCUCUGGACAGAGCUAUGCGGCUGGUGAAGGAUGUCUUCAUUUCUGCAGCUGAGAGGGAUGUGUACACUGGCGAUGCCCUCAGGAUCUGCAUUGUGACCAAGGAGGGCAUCAGGGAGGAGACUGUUCCCCUGCGGAAAGACUGAUUGUGAGCAUGUAUUGGAGCUGUGGCACAGGCUUGUCAUUAUUAAAAAGAAGCAUGAAAAGUACUCAUUUUCUUACAGUGUCUUCUCUAGGUGUGACAAAUUGGGAAGAAUUUCUUUCUUUGUGGCUGAAGUGAUGACUCAUCAGUUCAGAAAGUGUGGUUCUUGCAGAAGACCUAAGUUUGAUUCCCAGCACCCACCUGUAACUCCAAUUCCAAGGGAUACGAUGCCCUCCUCUCCUCAGUAGGCACAUAUACAUAAUUAUAUAUAAUGAAAAAUAAAAUCUUCAGUAAAAGAAUUUUUCUUUAUUUGGGUUUGCUUAUUUUAAGAUUUACUUUACAUUUUGUAUGUGCUUAUGUGAAUAUAUGCUACAUGUGUGCAGAUACCUAUGGAAGCCAGAAGGGGGUGUCAGUUCUGCUGGAGCUGGGUUUCAGGUGGUCAGGAGCUGUCAGAUGGUGCCAUCCAAACUUGGGUCAUCUGGAAGAGCCAUACGCUCAUCUCUCCAGCACUGAAGAAUGUCGAAAAUAGGACUAGGGAGAUGGUGAUUUGGUUUGGUUUAGUUUUUUGGUUUUUCAAGACAGGUUCUCUCUGUAGCCUUCUAUCCUUGACUGUCCUGGAACUCACUCUGUAGACCAGGCUGGCCUCAAACUCUGCCUCCCAAAGGUUGGGAUUAAAGGUGUGUGUCACCACCUUCUGGCUAAAGAAUUUUCUUGUUGACUAAAAUUGCUUGCAUCUGUGUGUUGGCAUACAUGUGUAGGACAGAAGACAACAUGAAGAUGUCAACUCUCCUUCCACCCGGCGGGUCCUGGGUUAUUGUUAGAGAUUGCUUGUUCAUUUCCCAGCCCCAAAAUAAUAGCACAGAAACUAUAUUAAUUGCAAGAUUGUUUGGCCAAUAACUUAAGCGUAUUUCUAGCUAGCUCUUAAAUAAACCCAUUUCUACUAAUCUGUAUCUCCUCGUGGUUAUGGCCUACUGGUAAAGUUCCUUCCGGAGUCUGUCUCCUAUUGCAGGUAUCUUUUCUAGCCUAGCUAUAUUCUGUUAAGCUAUUGGCCGAAGCAGCUUCUUUAUUAACCAAUGGCAAUCGAACAUAAUCAUAGCAUACAGAAGGAAGUCCCACAUCACUGAGGGUCAUAUGUGGGUUACCAGGCUUGGCAGCAAGCACCUGUUAAACAAAACUGCAUUUUAACUGUUAUAACACUUGAAUAAGCUGAACUGUAAAUGUUAGGACUCACCCAGCUACAGAACUACCUCAAGUGUGGCAGAAUUUACUAUUAAUUGGUAAUGUUUAAAGAGUUCAGUUGUUUAAAAAAGGGGAGAUCGUAUGGAGUGUUUUUGACAGUUAAAUGUUGUAUAUGCAGGUGUUUUAAAAAUGAUAAAAAGCCAGACAAAUUUUCUUACAUUUAUCCCUUCCAAAAAAAAAUUUACCCAAACUGGUAAAUAUGUCAAGAAUCUAUGAAUACAUUUGCCCUGUGUCUUCCAAGCUUCACAACACAACAGAUGUUGGCGUUUAUGUGUGUUGGGCUCUUAAAUGGACCAAACAAGAAGGGAUUUAUUAGGGGAGUUGAUACAGAACUGUCAAGGCCACAAUAACAUUCUCCAGAGUUAGAGUGUAAGCAUAGCUAGUUGAAGCUCAGCUGAAUAGGACUUCCAGAGUACUGUUCUUUUCAGACAGCUUUAUACUGUAACCCAGACUAACGUUAAACAGUCAUCUUUCUGCCUUUGCCUCCCAAAGUGCUGUAUUAUAAGUGAGCCAAGAUGCCUGGCUGAGAACCUGUGUUCUGAUGGCCGGGGAGGAGGAGAAUCUGUUCUGCCUCUGGAGAGAUGACAAAUUGCCCGUAUUCUUGCUUCUUUUUAUUCUGUCUGUCUGUCUACCUAUUUAUUUUGAGGCAAGAUCUCAUGUAUACUAUAUUGGUAUCAACCUUGCUGUGUAGUUGAGGACCUACUUCUGUUCCUACUUCUACCUUUAAUUGCUGGAAUAAAAAGUGUUCACCACCACACUGUUUAUGCUAUGACUAUACCCAAGGUUUUGUGCCUCCGGAGUGUAAUGACUAAUCUCAGUUGUCAAGUUGAGUGCAUUUGGGAUAAACUAAAAACCCAGGUUGCUGGGUACUAGGUGACCCACCAAGCUGCAAAGUUGGACGUGCAGAGCAGCAAUCUUAUCAAAUGGAAGUGGUUUGUAUCUGAUCAGGUCCAAAUAGACGGAGAACAAGCAAGUUACAUGAAGUUGCUCAGCUACCCUUUUUUCUAUUCCUGUUACAUUGUCUUCUCUUCCCAAGCAUGUUCUUACGGCUUCAUGGAGUGUGCUUUAUAAUUGGCUGAAGAAAAGGUAACUAGGGCCUGAUUUUCUGGUUAUUUGACAUGCUGGGCAGGUACCACCUAGAAGUGGGCAGCUGCAUCAUUACAAUCAUGACAGAUACUGGUGAAGGGAAAUCUUAGCAAUGAGUAAAACCUCAGCCAAAGCACAUGGUCGUACAUUUUGCUUGGAUUGAGAAACGGUCAGUUGUGUGGUUGUAUUCCUAGGCUGAAACGUGGUUUGGCUGGAUAGUCAGCGAUUGGAAAGAGCAACCUGAGAAAUUGAGGCAUUUGGGGAAGAAUUUUUGACUAACUGUUCUUGGUAACUGAGAUAUGUCAAUCUAGGAUAUUUUGUGUGUGCAUGUGUGUGUGUGCUUUUAAGUAAGCUCAUCCUGAGAAAAAGUCCUGGACAUCCAAUGCAUCCAUUGUAGUCGCUUGCUAAUAAAGACUUUGUUGGCUUGAA